AUGGCAACAAGCGAAUCCACUUAUCAACUCUUUUGCAUGGGAAAUCCUUUACUAGAUAUGCAAAUUACAAACGGAGAGCCUCUCUUACAAAAGUAUAAUCUUAAGGCCAAUGAUGCUAUCCUUGCCGGCCCAGAGCACACAGAUCUCUACACGGAUAUCAAGAACUCCCAGGAUGUUAAAUAUGUUGCGGGAGGUGCUGCACAAAACGCUGCUCGUGGUGCCGCGUACAUUCUCCCGGAAAAAUCUGUCGUUUAUACUGGAUGUGUUGGAGAUGACGAUCUCGCCGACAGAUUGAGGGAAGCCAAUACUAAAGAAGGCGUCGAAAGUGCAUACCUUGUAAAGCCUGGACAACAGACUGGCGCCUGUGGAGUCGUGAUCACUGGGCAUCACAGUUUACUAAAAGAGACAAGGUCAUUGGUUACAACUCUACGUGCUGCUGAAUUAUUCGACAAAGCUCACCUUUCGACCCCAGAAGUUGCCUCGUUGAUUAAUGGCGCCAAAUACUUCUACAUUGGAGGAUUUUUCCUUACACAUGGUGUAGAGAGUGCAAUAGAGCUAGCAAAGACUGCAUCUGAUGCUGGAAAGGUUGUAGCACUCAAUCUAUCGGCUCCAUUUAUUGCACAAUUCUUCAAGGUCCAACUGGACAGUGUUCUGCCUUACGUCGAUUACUUGAUCGGUAACGAAUCGGAGGCAGAAGCUUAUGGUGCAGCUGCCGGUCUCGUUGAACCCAAGGACCAUGUAGCAAUUGCUAAAUCUAUCGCACUGUUAAAAAAGACGAAUCCCUCUCGACCACGUAUCGUGGUCAUCACACGAGGAGCAGAUUCGACUGUCGUGGUGUCGUCGAAGAACCCAGAAGAAGCCGCCACCUAUCCCGUCGAAAAGCUUCGAGAUGACGAAAUUGUGGAUACAAAUGGUGCUAAUAUCUGA